AAAAUGAUCGGAGGAGAGAUAUGAAUUAUGAGUGUACAUAUGUGGUGCUUUUAUCUCACUUCCAUUUUCAUUUACUACUAACUUUGCUGGUCGAUUAGGUUCAGAAAAUACAACAACUUUGCUGGUUGGUUGAUCAGUUUUUCUGGGCUCAUUUUCUAGUUCAGCUAUCAAGAAAAUGUGCCAUUCCUGAUAUUAGUAUUGCAGGUCCACAAAAAUCUACUUGCAAAAUGGUCAAGUCUGUCCUGUGCAAGAGCAGUAAUGGCUUGACGAAUCUCCAAUCAAAUCAACCCACAAGCUUGUGGAAUUUGAACAUCUUAAAGCAGGAGGAUGAUAAGUCCUGCAGAAAGCGUGGGAGCCCUCGAAAUUUGAUUCCACAGAUUCAAGUUCUGAAGAGGCACAAAUCUCAGUUGUAUUGUAAAAUGACUGAAUCGAAUAGUGCAUAUUCCUCAUUGGAUCAAAAGAAGAAUGUGCAUAUUCACCGUAAACCUGGAAGACCGAGAAAAGUUAACUCAAAUGAUGAUCAAAACAACAAAAAGUGUGUGGACAGACACGUGCAAACACCCAACAUGGUUAAUCAAAGUUUUAAUGUUAUUUCAGGACCAAUAAGUCAUCCAAUCUGGAAAGGAAGCAUUUGUGUUUGUGGUGAAAAUAUUGGCAUAGUAGAGCAACUUGCGGCUCACAUUUCAACCAAAGCAAGUGUAAAAGUGUUUGAGAUGGCACACCAGCUACCAAAAUUACUUCAUGCAGAAAUGCUUCCCAGGAAAGAUGUAUGGCCUGCCAGUCUUGAUGAUUGUCCUCAUACCGAUGAUAUUAUCGAUCUGUACAUUUUUCCGAUGCAUGGAAGAAGUGAGAGAGCAUUUCAUGGCCUGCUAAACGAAUUGACAGAAAAUAACCUUGUUCUGAAAGCCUUUUUUGACAACGUUCCAAUCUUUGUCUUUAGUUCCCUUCAAUUUACAUCCCGCUACUGGAGAAAAACUUCUGGGAAGCCUUAUUUAUGGGCUGUGUUUGUGGGGAAAAAUGCUUUCUUUCCACAUGAACAGGAGGAACAUAAUCUUUUAAGUAACUCGAAUUGCACUGUGUCCUUGAAUCUUGGAAAUGAACUGCAGCCUGUUACUGACGAUCAGAGAACCGUUUCAAAGAAUGGGGGUUCUAAAGAGUAUAGGGAAAAGAUAGAUAAAGUGGAGAAUACAGCAUCGAUUUCCAAAAACAGUGAAAGCAUUUUUACGGAAGAAGCUCCAUGUGCUUUGGUUGGGAAAUCGAUUGAGCAGCCAACUGAAAGAGCGGUAAAUGCAGGCCGCCUUACUGAAGAGGGAAUUUGUGGAAGUACUGCUGAUACCACCAGGCAUGAUGCUGAUGCAACAGAAAGAACUGCUGUGGAAACACAUGUUGAAAGAGAAAGCAUGGAAAUGAUUGAAGAAGAGACUUAUAGGAAGAAUCCUGUCAAUUCAGAUUUUCCCGCAUCUUCUCUGGCUAGCUUACUAGGAAAUGUUUCAAAACCUGCUCCGCAAUUGUGUAAUCAAGAACAUGUUGCAUAUAGCCCAGAUAGAGCAUGCAGUGAGAGCCUAAAUGCAUCGGUUCUUAACAUAGCGAGUACUUUUGAUGAUCUAAUGAGCAUAGAUGACAUCGGAUCAGCAAAUCAUCGUGUGGACUUCGUGAAUUCUUAUUCUGUACAACCAAGAUAUGCUCCAAUUCUUGAUGCCAUCUUGGCCAAGUAUGGUGACAUUGCUCGAGAUUUUCCUAUCAGCUGCCGUAAAAUUCUCACUUCUGCAUUAGAGAGUGUUUGUGAAGCUAUUCUGGAUUUGAAAGCUGUAAGUUUUGUUGAGCUUCAGAGAAGUCACCUUCACUGCCUGUAUUCUGUCAUAAUUGACGCGGAGUUUAUGAAGCUGGAUGUACAGUGGCUUCGCAAACGAUAUCUGGAACUCGCGGAUGCAGUUGAUACUAAGGAAUACGAGAAUAUGCAAACUAGCAUAAAAGCAGUUGAAAAAAAUAUUGCUGGUAAGAAAGCAACUCUGUCACUGAAGAAGACGGAGAUGUCAAAGCUGCAAUCGGAGAUUGAGGCACUAGAAACUGAAGUUGCCGAAGGAGAAGCAAAGAGUGAAAGCCUAAAAGAGAGGGAAAAAACCGCACUGCUGAACAUCAAAUAUGAGCUUAUUGACGACAACGGUUAUCUUGCUUCUUGGAGCAAUGAAGGAAAAUAUAGAGAUUGCUGUAAAUGGAGAGGCAUCACUUGCAGCAACUUGACAGGACAUGUCACGGCGCUUGAUCUUUGUUUCGGGACAGGCCUGUCCAAUUUCAAGCCGCUGACAGGUAAGGUGAGUGAUUCACUUCUUGAAUUGAAACAUCUUACUUAUUUGGAUUUAAGUAGUAAUCAUUUUGGAGGCAGUCGAUUCCCUAAUAAAAACGAUGAUUCCCUCGCUAAGCUACGCUACUUGAAUCUCUUCCAGGCUAAUUUUUCCGGCACCAUUUCUUCUAUAGUCAGGAAUCUCUCCAGCUUAGAAUCUCUUGAUCUGAGUUAUAACUAUCUUCUGAUCGACAAUGGCGAUUUCGAAUGGGUCUCUCGUAUUUCUUCUUUGACUUCCAUUAAUCUAAAAGGUAAUCCUCUUUUAAAUCCAAAUUCCUGGUUGCAAAUUAUUAACAAGCUUCCUCACCUGGAAAACUUGACUUUGUCUUCUUGCUUUUCUGGAAAUGAACUUCCUUUGUAUCUGUCUCCUGUCAACUCUUCUUCGUCUCUUACAGUUCUUGACAUUUCUCAUAAUAACUUCGCCAUUCCGUCGAUACAGCCAUGGCUGGCUAACAUUAGUCAGAAUUUAAUGCAUCUUGACCUUGCUUUCAAUACGCUUUUAGAAAGUUCUACUCUAGAGUUUAUCGGAGAUAUGACUUCUCUGCGAGGUCUUCAUCUUGCUAAUACUUCGCUUGUCGGUGGAAUUCCGAGAUCCAUCGGUAACAUUUCUGGGCUGAGUUAUUUAGACAUGUCAAAGAACAAUCUCGACGUAGAGAUUUCUGGGUUUAUAAAAAAUUUGUCUGGGUGCGCAGCAAAAUCAUUACAGCAUUUGUCCUUGGCUUACAAUGAAUUAACAGGUUCGUUACCUGAUCUCAGUUUAUUUUCGUCGUUGAAAAGGUUGUACCUUGGAAACAACAGAUUGAACGGUAGUAUUGAUAAAAGUAUUGGAGGACUGUACCAGCUAGAACGUUUGUUACUGCAAUGGAAUUCAUUGAACGGUGUCGUUUCCGAAGAGCAUAUCUCGAAUCUGACCAAUCUAAAGGAUUUGUUGCUAUCUGGUAAUUCUCUUACUUGGAAUGUAAGCCUCGAUUGGGUUCCUCCGUUUCGUUUAGGUAUCAUACAUCUUCAGUCCUGCAAAUUAGGACCACAUUUUCCGAAUUGGCUUCAAAGUCAAAAAGGUUAUUAUGAGCUUGAUAUUUCUGAUAAUGGAAUCUCUGAGUCUAUUCCAGAAUGGUUUUGGGACUUGUCUUGUUCAUCGUUUUACUUGAAUCUCUCAUAUAAUCUAUUCUCUGGAUCAUUUCCUAAUGGUUUUCUGCAUUUUCACAAUCUACUGUUCUUGAAUUUGGCUAGCAACAAUUUUUCUGGCCAACUUCCAACAUCCAUAGGAUCGAUUUCUAGACUUGAAACACUAAAUGUAGCAGGCAAUGUUUUUUCUGGAGAGUUACCUUUGUCUCUUAGAAAUUGCACUAUGUUGAGAUUUCUCGACCUGAGCAGUAACAGGUUUUCCGGAAACAUACCGGUUUGGAUUGGAGAAACCCUUUUAUCUCUGCAAUUUCUUAGCCUACAGUCUAAUCAUUUCCAAGGAAGCUUACCCUUGCAACUGUGCCGAUUAACGAAUGUUCAAAUCUUGGAUCUUUCUGCAAACAAUAUUAAUGGAACCAUGCCGCAUUGCCUUGGGAAUUUGAAAGCGAUGAUCGAUGGGGAUUUGACAGGAACAAUCUUUCAUUCGUAUUCUUGGUUUGAUGGUUCUUCAACUCACAGAAAUUAUUAUACUGACAAGGCAUUGGUUCUUUGGAAGGGAAAGAAGUAUGAUUAUGAUAAAAAUCUUGGACUUUUGAGAGUAAUAGAUUUUUCAGGAAAUAAUAUAGGAGGAGAGAUUCCAAGUGAAAUAUCAAUCCUGACUGGGCUCAAACAAUUGAACUUGUCGAAUAACAAGUUGACAGGCGCAAUCCCGUCAAAGAUCGGUUUUCUGAAGCAAUUGGAGGCACUUGAUCUGUCUCGAAAUCAGAUAUCAGGCCGAAUUCCGGCUAGUAUGGCUGGUUUGCAUUUUCUGAAUACGUUGAACUUGUCAUUGAAUGCUUUGUCAGGAAGAAUUCCAUCAAGCACUCAGCUUCAGAGCUUCAACGUAAACUCAUUUGCUGGAAAUCCUGCACUUUGUGGGUUGCCACUCUUGUCGAAAAGCCCUGAAGACGAUAAUGUUGAAGUUCCGGCAAGCGAUGAAGAAGAUGAGGAUGAAUGGAGGAAAUGGUUUUAUGCGGGUAUGGGAAUUGGAUUCACUCUUUGCUUUUGUGGAGUUUCAGGGACAGUAGUGUUUUGCCGUUUCCAGGUGAUUGACAAAUUGAUGCAUUGGGUUGAUGUGACCAUUGCAGUGUACCGGAGAAGAUUGUGACAGAAAACGGGUUCAAACUUUUUCUUUUUUGCAAAUUUCAACAUAUUUUUUUAUUAUGUGUUUAUGUAGUUUAGAUUUAUUUAUUUCUGAUUGGUUUGUUCAUGUCGGACUUUUGUGAGUCUUUCAGCCAACGAGCAGAUAAUUUGUUGUAGUUUACCUAGUCAACAAUAUUUAGAAAAAAACAAGAAAUUACUGUUUUUUCUU